AUGCUCGUCGAUUUUGAAAAGGCCUUCAAUCGCGUUAGUCGUGAUGUUAUCUGGAGAUCGCUUGUUGCUAGAGGCAUUCCUGAUAAAAUUGUUGCUAUAAUAAAAGAGUCUUACAACAGCGAAAUGGGUUUCGUUUUGGACAAUGAACAGCUUUCCGACGCAUUUGAAGUGAGACACGGUGAUGUAUUGUCACCGAUUUUUUUCUUGCUUGCUAUUGAUAAUGUUAUGACUGCUACGGUGGGUGAACACGAGAGACUGGGUAACCAAUGGCAAAUAGAAAUGGAGACCUCAGCCAAAUGUGCCACUCUCUUCAACAAAAGGCUGGCUGGUUUAAGAAUUAAUUCCAGUUAUUGUGAGACAAGUGGCAGUAGAAGGGGUCAGUUCAACAAUCUGGGAAGCUAUUUGGCACUCGAUGGUGAAACGGGCCUGGAUGUCACCAGUAGAAUAAUUAAAGCCCGUAGUGCUUUCUUAAGUGUGGAACUUCAGGAAAAUAGCGCUCCGUACCAAGUUAAAGUUGUUUGA